CGCAGCAACAACAGAGGCUCCUCCCUUUCGGCACAUCUGGAACAGUCGAAGAGUGGAGAGGCAGUCUAUCUGAGUCUAUUUGUAUCUCUAGAUUAAGCAGGACAAAGUCAUACAAUUGGAUACCUUUCUCUUGCAGACUAAAAGUUCAGCUCCUCCACCGAACUUUUGACCGCUGCUUUUCUGAACACACCUUGGCGCUGCAUUAACGCCACUCAGAUCGGGGAGUCAAACUUUCCCGAGUUAAACUUUAACCAGUCCAUCAUCACUGGCUGACAGAACCGACUAACAGCAGGAUGCCAUUAGGAGGAGGAAACAAGUGUGGCAGAUGUAAGAAGACUGUUUACUUUGCAGAGGAGGUACUCUGUGAUGGGCGGAGCUUCCACAAGUGCUGCUUCCUGUGCAUGGUGUGUGGGAAGAACUUGGACAGCACAACUGUUGCUGUUCAUAUGGAUGAAAUCUACUGCAAGGCAUGCUACGGCAAGAAGUACGGGCCAAAAGGCUACGGUUACGGCCAGGGAGCAGGGACGCUCAGCACGGACAAGGGAGAGUCUCUGGGUAUAACACAUCAAGAACCUGCUACUCAUCGUCCUACCACCAACCCAAACCCAUCCAAGCUGGCUCAGAAGUUUGGAGGGACAGACAAGUGCCCUCGCUGUAGCAAGUCUGUCUACGCUGCUGAGAAAGUGAUUGGAGCUGGGAAUGCGUGGCAUAAGGUUGGAUGUUUCACCUGUGCUACAUGUGGGAAGAGCCUCGAGUCGACCACGCUAGCUGACAAGGAUGGCGAAAUCUACUGCAAAGGGUGUUACGGCAAAAACUUUGGUCCCAAGGGAUUCGGAUACGGGCUGGGCGCCGGGGCGCUGGCGCACACUCAGUAGAGACCAGCGGGAUCCCCGUUGGCUGGUUUCCAGAGCGCUGCACUACUGCCUUCCUCCUGCAGAGGGCGGACUGCCGCCAGUAAACAUACACCUGACAAUCACACGCUUGAUUGAAAAGCUGCGAUUUAUAAACUGUACGGUCGAAAAGAUACCACCAUCUUAGUCGAUUAUUCGUGCUGUUACAGUAAAUCUUUACCCCUGCACCAUACUUAUUACUCCAUUACCUAUCUACUCAAAGCUGCACUGCUAUUUUGCACUAUCUGCUCUCAUUGAGUUGUAACAUCCUCUUCUUAUUGUGAGGCUGUUCUCCUCUCUGUACAUGAAAUCUCAGUAUCGCAAGAUUCACAACAGUCUGUGUAAUACAGUAAAUGCUGCUCGUUUCUAUGUUACGCCUUCCAGACAGCAUGGCAAUCAAUAAAAUGGAAAGAUAAUGAUUUUAGUGGCAGUUUUUUUCCGUAACCCGUGCAAAAAAUUAUAGAAGAAGAUGUGAGUGAAACUGUGUGUUCAUCUGUGAGUAAGGAACAGGGAAGAAAAGUAGUUUGGAGGGUGAUGUUCUGUGUUUAAGUUUCACGAAAGGACACGUGUUCGUUGAAUCCAUUCCCCACAUAACAUUACAGUGACACACUGGGGCCGGGGCUGCGUGAGGUGAGUCUGGUAUAUUGUAAAAGUGGCAGAAUCCAUGCUUCACUCCACCCACAGAGCUCAUCUGUCACAUUAGAGCCAUUUCACCAUCAAGGAUGUGAAGAUUGACAAAAAGAAUUUAAAACGCCGUCAUUAAGCUUUCUCUCGUGCAGAGGCUACGGGGAAUUGAAACCUCAGAGGAAUCAGCAGGGCUUUGAAGUUUGUUUAUGAAAACGUAACCAGUUUCUCCACUUAAUGCUGCUUUUACCUUUGUGACAUUCACGUUACUUUCAGCAGGUUCAGACACGGUAUAUACAGUAUGGCACAGAAAAGGAAAUGCCAGCCUCCAGCACUUCCUUGCUGAUACACUAAACAAAUGAAACGUUUAACAAACAGAGAUGAUUAGUAACUGACUGAUAAUUCAUCCAUCUACCUGCUCAACAAAAACAUUUCUUCCCUGCACUUUGUUUCUCUCGCACUCACUCAAGUGCAAUUACACAUUAAAAAUUUGACUCCUUUAUCCACCCUUGCCUCCCACUCACAUUCCAGCUCUCAAGGAGAGGCAGGAGAAAGCAGCUUGUC